UCGAAUAACCGCAGUUGAUCUACAACAAAUUAAAAACAAGCAUAAUUACAUUUCCUCUUAAAGCAAUACACUAAAGAUCUUCGAUGCAGGAAGACUUUGAACAGGACCAGUGGUCAAUCGGGGACGACUCACUGUUCCAGGCUUGCGGACUGAUUGUGGCUGCGGCGCACGCCGGCAAGUCGAUAUUCAUAACCUGGAAUCAGUACUAUUUGCUUAACUUUCGUUUUAAGAAGCCGAAAGCGGACAGCAGUCGCGUCAAAAUGACCAAGGUGCGAAUACCACUGCCCUCGAGGACGAGUGGCAAGUACCUGAGGAGCGUGCACACGCUGAAGUUCAACACGAUGCUCCUAAUGUCCGACGGCGGGAUCUACUGCUUUGGCUCCUUCAAGGCUCUGCAUGCCAUCCAAUGGCUUAGUGGUGUACGAUGCUUUGCCAUAGUAGGCAAUGGAUUCAGCGUUAUAAGGGAGCAGGAGCACCGUCUACUGCUGCAAACCUAUCUCGACCUUCCCGGAUUGGAGAAGGGCGAAAGCACGCUACAGCACACGUUCGACAUUACGUACGACGAGCAGAACAUAUUCCAAUGCGAUUGGCAGCAUGACGAGUACACACUGACCACUCUAAUGGUAUCCAGCGAGAAGGAGGAACAGUUCACGCAGCGCCUGUUUGGGGUCACAGCUGCCCAGCAGGAGUACGUCCACAUUUUCAGCAUAGGCGGGCAUGUGUUUGCCCUGUGCAAAACCGAGCCUCGUGAAGAUGGAGCAGAGAGCUCAUACCACAUCGAGCUGCUUUGCGUGUACGCUGCAAUAGUAAAGUUCAUUCGCAUCCUGCCCGACCAGAACCUUUGUUUGGUGUUCCUCAGUAAUGGCAGCGUAGACAUGUGGUACGUUUCCUGUUUGCUUGACAUCAAGCAGCGUCAGAUGCAUCACACCGGCGCCGAGUGGCUGGACUAUGAUGCAACCAGUCAGAAAGGCGACUUCUACUACACCGACGGCCUGCAGCUGGUGCGACUAAGAUUCAAGUACAACGACCAGCUGGACGAGUGCUAUGUCCACACCAUGGUCAAGCCAGUGCCCGGCAUACAGUGCUGCACUUUUCUGGAGCACAGCGAGCAAUUGGUUUGCCUCAGCGACAAUAAUAUAUUCUAUCGCAUAGGCUUCGAGGCAACCGAUCAUAACAAUGACUCCCCAAUGGUCGACUUCACAGCCGAGUCCAUUGAACGGAUACAGCACAAUGCCCAAGCCCUAGAAGCGUAUAAACGACAGCCAGCUAUUCUCCAGGAGGCACUACAGAAGGAGUACGAGAAUCAGCAACUGAUUGCUGUGGGUAGAAAUCGUUUCGACGACAGCCUUCAGGCAUCCCUCGAAUUCCAUCGUCGAAUUCCCAGCUACGAGGACGACAAUGUGCUGUUAUUGGAAGCUCAACCUGAGGAGGCGACUCUUAAGGCAGGCAGCCUUUAUGCCGUGCUGAACCUCACGGUCAUCAAUAGCCAACCUCUACAGCAUAGUAAUAACUGGCAGCUUUUGAUUUGUUUUGACCGCAAGAUACAUGGCUUUCUGUUGCCCACGAACACGCUCUUGAACAGAAGAUGUCGCAUUGUGGUGCCGCUGAGGAAGCUAAAGAACGAGUUUUUACCUAGAUUUAACAUCAAAUUGGUGGCUUUUAUUGAGAUCAGUAACAUGAUAAGUGCGGUGCUUCUUCCUGUAGCGGUGACCAAGAGUGCAGCCACCUAUCGUUCUCUUUUCAGUUCCAAUCGAUCGUUUGUGGAUUUUCGCUCGUAUGAUCUGCAAAAAUUCACGGCCAAGGUAUCACCAAGUGUAAUUCAGCAUACAAUUCAUUUCGGCAACAGCUUAACUCUACCUCAAAUGGCUUGUCUCUUUAAUGCCUCUGAAAAGAAACCCGACAGUUUAUUAGAGUUGUACUUUCUGGAUGACGCCAAGUUGCGACUCCAAGGGACUUCAAAUGAUUCAAUGGGAACUUUAGAAAGCGAAGACGCGUCCGCAAUUUAUUAUUUUAAGCAGCACUUAGUUCUUAAUGGGGAUACGCGGGACCCAGAACCCAUAUCCUUGGAUCAAGUAUUGAAAUUCCAUUGUGAAACACAGCGAUUGAACAGCAGUAAGCAAAAUGAAAAUAUAGUAGAGUCUGGGGAAAAUGUCAUUAUGCGUUUAGAGUCCAAAUAUAGAGCAUUAAGAAGUUUAAUUUUUUAAAAGAUUCCUUACAUAUAAAAAGAUAUAUUCCUUAAUACAUUUUCUUCAAUGGAUCGUUAGAAGGUAACGUUAUAUUAAGGCAUUAUGAAUAAUUAUAGAGCUUAUACUUUAUUAAGGUACAAGCAUUCCUUAAUACAUUUUCUUCAAUGGAUCGUUAGAAGGUAACUUUAUAUUAAGGCAAUCUGAAUAAUUAUAGAGCUUAUACUUUAUUAAGGUACA